AUGACUCCUGCUGUUUUCCUGGUCAUCCUGUGCUUGGGAGUUGUGUCAAGUGCUUCAGCAUUUGAUCACAGUUUGGAUGUCGAUUGGGAAGAGUGGAAAUUAAAAUAUGACAAAUCAUACAGUCUGGAGGAAGAAGUCCUGAAGAGAGCAGUAUGGGAAGAAAAUGUAAAAAGGAUUAGACUGCACAACAUGGAGAAUUCCCUGGGGUUGAAUACCUACAGCAUGGAAAUAAAUAACUUUGCUGACCUGACUGAUGAAGAAUUCAACGAAUUGAUUUCUGGUUUUACAUUGCCAAUUAAUGACACAGUGAAAAGUCCCUGGAAACGUGCACUUUAUAGUAAUUCUCCUAAAUCUUGGCAUUGGCGAGACACUUUGCCCAAAUCUGUUAAUUGGCUAAAGGAAGGUUAUGUAUCUCGUGUGAAGAAUCAGAAAAAAUGUAAUUCUUGUUGGGCUUUCCCUGUGACUGGUGCCAUAGAAGCACAAAUGUUCAAGAAAACAGGCAAACGGACUCCACUGAGUGUCCAGAACCUGGUGGACUGUUCUAAACCUCAAGGCAAUAGAGGCUGUCAUGGAGGUACUACAUACAAUGCCUUUCAAUAUGUUUUGCUCAAUGGAGGUCUGGAGGCUGAGUCAACCUAUCCAUAUGAAGCAAAAGAAGGGUUAUGCAGGUACAAUCCUAUGAAAUCAGCUGCUAACAUCACAAGAUUUGUGGCCCUUCCAGUAGAUGAAGAUGUCCUAAUGGAUGCUGUAGCAACGAAAGGGCCCAUUGCUACUGGAAUUAAUGUUGUCUCCAGUUCUUUAAGGUUCUAUAAUACAGGUGUUUAUUAUGAGCCAAGGUGCAAACGUAUUGUGAAUCAUGCAGUUCUGGUGAUUGGCUAUGGGUUUGAGGGAAAUGAAACAUAUACCAAUAACUACUGGCUGGUCAAGAACAGCUGGGGUAAACAAUGGGGAUUGGGUGGAUAUAUGAAGAUCGCCAAAGACAGGAACAACCACUGUGGAAUUGCUUCAUUUGCCCAAUACCCUAUUGUGUGA